UCAGAAUUGAGAGACGGAAGUGGUCGUUCACUGGCUGCAGGUGAGAAGAGAACAAUUUUUUCCUCUUUGAGGUCUAAUACAUUCGCUUCAUAUCGCAGUCAAUGAAAACAAUUAUUCUUUGUUACAAGCAAUAUUUUCACCCUAAUUCUGCAAAAAAAUUGACACAAACUAUGCAAAACUGUAUGCGGAGCAGAGGCCGUUCUUUUCGAGUAAAAUCAACCGACAUUGGGAUAACUACUAAAAAACACGUUUAAUUCAAAUAUAUUCAAUGACGUUCCUGCUUGAUUUUUGCUCAUGAAAAGUGUUUCGGAUAAAUGUUUAAACAUUGUUCCAUUCCUGUCCAAUUCUCUAUUUGUGUGCCGCCAUAAGCCAAAGUUGAAUUUUGGACUACUAAUAAUCUUGAAGAUGAACAUUGUUACAUUAUCUAGUCAUUUUACCAGGUCACAAAUCGGUAUUCACGACAAAAACAACAUUUCCUUUGUCAUGCAAAUUCUGUCCGCUUUCCAAAUGAACCCUAAACGUAAAAAAACCCAAAAAUGAUCCCCAACUUGAACUGCAACUGAUAUUAAUGAAGAUUGUAAAUGAUUCUGAUACUCAAAUAAUCAUAAUUUAAUUUUUUGAAGGAUUCCUAAUUGAGUGAUAAAGCAAUCGAUCCGUCGAAACAAAUAAUUCGAUAUUCGUUCUAGACUCGGCUAUUUUUCGACGGAGUAUCGUUUUUUUGGAAUGAUUCUCGCUGCUCUCUCGAGUUAAGCUGUGUAAUAAAGGUUUCGGUUUUUUCGCAAUUAUGCAGUCUUAAAUAUAUUCAUUAGGGUUGUCUGGUCAAAGAGAACGAUGAACUGGUGUAGGUUUGUUUUCACCAUAAAACCUUUCGACCUACCUGCUCCUUACAUCUAACUCUCUAAAUUAAGCUUUGUUUGUGAUCUGUUAAAGCCACACGCAACCCAGCGAAUCGAAACAUUACAGAUACUAUAGUGUAUUAGAAAAACCAACUCCGUUAGGAAAGAACAUGGGAAACUUCCUAAAACGAAUCUCAGCUUUGGUAUAUUUAGGUGUUCAUUUGUAAUAUUGUUACUUUUAUCACUCCUCAGCUUCAUUAUUCAUCACGUCUUAAAGUUUGUGGACUAAAAGGAGUCUUUGAAAUUGACAUACCUUUUAAGUUGUACAUUUAACUUGCCAUUAAUUCCAAGUCACUUCCGAAGAAUCCUUGUUACGGGGAAAUGAUCACCGAUAUCUUUCUAGUUACAAUUCAUCGAAGUCAGUGAACUGCUCUUUGACCCUCCUUUACUGCCAUAUUCUUAAUCUUCGAAAAUACUAAAGUUAAGUAAGAGUAAGAGUUGAAUUGGUUCUAAUUCGUAUAUUGUUCAUUUUCCAUGGCUAUGAUGAAGGCAUGGUGCUUAAGUUCAAGGUCUAGCCCAACCAUGAAGUUUGGUUUCUUUAAUCAAACAGGCAAGCAAAUGCCUCUCAAAAGACAAAAACACCAAUUUUUUAAAAUUGUCUCCAACCUUUGUCGUGUGAUUUGCUUAUUUAUCUGUAAGGAGCAGAACGACGUUAGACCUUAAGUGAAACGAAGAGCUUUACUAAUCUUUUCUGCCAUGUCUAAGGGUCUAAACAUUUUGGUUAGGUGAUACUCCCUGGUAUCCUGGUUUAUCAUAAUCUAAGAGAUUCAGGGAGCCAGUAUUACAAGGUUUGUCAAAAAGCCGAAUAGUUUUUUGUUAAAGUUAAGUGUCCCUCUGCCGGUAUCAUCAUUCUCAUAGUUCGAUGUUUUCUUAUUUUCAGCGUCGAAAGUUUAAUGGACAAAAGUUUACUUGAUGGUCAUACAUUUAAUUGUUCAUAUUUUAAUAACAAUUAAAGAGUGUGAUUCUGCUUUCAGACCUUUAUCUACCGUUUUCUUUCUUAACCGUUUAGAAGAAAAACAAAAAUACAAGUCGUAAGUUAACUCUUACUUUAGAAAAUGGAUUAACAUUAUUUUCUCUAAAGAAAUGUUCUAAUGAUUAACUAACCCUUGAGGUUGCUUACUUUUAAUCAAGAGGCAAACAAACAAACAACCGAACAAAGGCCCGUUGGUAGCUGCAACCUUGAAAUGUAGUGUUUAUUGCUUUAAAAUCCGACCCUCCCUAGAGGGGGAAAUAUCUCAAAGAUCCUCUAAUAUUGUUCAAAAUCGAUAGAACAAUUUUAAAAGUGUCUCCCUAAACAUUAACAUCUAGAUGAGUUAACUGCGUUUCUCAGAGUAAAAUUGUCCAAGUAAAAUGUUAGCCUAUUAUUUAAUUCAUUUGAGGCAAAAACAGUUAUAACUGGAAUGUUAUGUAUUCAUUAAAACAUUUCCUUUAUCGCCCCUCGUUAAAAACGUUGAAACGUUUCGGUCCCGUUCUAUGGCCACUUUCAAAAACAAUUAUGCAACAUUUUUUCCCCCGUAGAUUGUACUUCAAAAAGCAGAAUGAUGCAUCUCCCUUCCGUACUUCUCGUUUUUGUGUUAUACACAUUUAAAGAAACAUGUGAGGCUACCGUUACCGAGUAUUCUGAGCUGGGAAGAGUGAUAGAUCUUCGAAAGGUCAACUUACUGGCCAACUUCAAUGAGCAAGAGAACAGGAUCUUUGAGGAGCUCCCCCCGAAAUGUUUCAUAAAGAAACCUUUGAAAUCUUCAAGCAGCUACCUCGAUUAUUAUGCAAGUACCAAGCAAUUUUAUAAAUCACUUGCCACCCAGUCAAGCUUGAGCGCCUCUUUACAGUCCGCCUACUCGUUGGGUUUUACGGUAUCAGUAGCAACAGACACCCAAACUUCAGAGAGUACUGAAGUAAGUGGCAUGUCUUUAGACAAGCUGGCGCCAACGGAAAAGAUCCACGUCGAUAAAGAAUGUCUAGUGAAUGCUGACAUCUCCACCUUAAAAAAAACAUUUCUAAAAGACUUCGAGGACUUGCCAGUAAACAUCAAAAGUCCCUGGAAACAAAACUCAUGGAGAGAGUAUAGUAAUUUUCUUAACAAAUACGGCUCUCAUGCCAUAACGUCGGUGGUGCACGGAUCAAGAUUUAAGCAGUUGGUAUUCGCAGAGAGCUCUAAAGCUUACACUGAAAGAGAUUUCCAAGUAAAAGCUUGCCUUUCGGCAGCAGGACCUACCCAGGUUGGAGAGGUUGGCAUUUCUGCAUGUUCAAACAUAAGCCAAAGUGAGAUAUCCAAAGUGAGCACGAUGAGCAUAAGCAAGAAACGCUUUGUCAAAGGUGGAAAAAGGGAAACAAACAGCGAGCUGGCAAACGGAGCGACGUCGGCUGAAUUGCUUGGCCAACUCAUGAAUGAAGCAGACGAAUUUCCCGCGUCUGUUCAGCACACCUUUAUGGCGAUCUGGACCAUCCUACUAAGCCGAUUUAAACAGGGAUCUCCUAACAAUAUCCGAGCCACAAACCUUGAGUACUACUACCUUGGUUUCUUGAAUUAUGGUUGUCCCUUCAUAAGUAACGAUGGACUUGCCAUACAAAAAUUUGACCAUACCAGAGGCUCCAGUGAGAAGUAUCCAGAAUUCGAGUGUACCCUGGCAAAAGAAGGCUGCCACAAAAGCGAUGACUGCCAUUACAGACCCAUUUGGUGCUCCUGUCGUGGUCCAACAUGUGUCCGUUACAAGAGAGUGAAAGAGGGUGCAGGUGACUCUAAGUUAACUGCAUAUCCAAACACAUAUGAAGAUUGGGGAUGGCAUGGUUGCGAUUGGAAAGCUGCAGGAUCUUAUUGCGACUGCUAUAAUGACAAUCGGGAUCAGCGGAAAACUGUGUGGGCCCUGCAAAACAGAGAUGCCGCUACACAUAAAGCAUCGACCAAAACCGCUGCAAAAAAGGCAGAAGAUUAAUGUCUCCAAAGCACACUGCCGGAAAAUAGAAAUGAAAGACGAAAGAAACUUUAAAUUUUGACCCACUUACGUAAUUAUUGAAAUUUGGCACGCUUAAACUAUGCAUUAGUCUCAUUUUGUCUGAAUAAAGGAUGUAAUGUGUACGUCACCACAUUUGAUAGCACCCACACCCUGUUAGUGUAGAGAUUGUAUUGAAAAGCUAUUUUCCUGAGAAUGAGAGAGAAAGACAGAAAUAACUACACUUAAAAUGUAGUAUCGAUUAAGGUUGAUCUAAAGGGCAUUGACUGAAAUCUCAUCCAGGUUUGCGUAAUUGAAUGUUUCACAAAAGAGGCC